AUGGUUUGGUUUCAGAGGAGGUCGUCCAUGGCCGUCAAGGCGCGGCCCUCCACCUUUGACGCGUUUGUCGGGCGGCGCUCGUCUUCCUUUGACACGAUCGCCGUCCUGCCUGGCAACAUGCCCAUGGAGUCCCCCGCCGUCGUGGAGGAGGUCGCCCCUGGGCUGAGCGACCCGGCGGGGGACAGAACACAGGCCCAGUGUCCCAGACGCAGUAGGGGUCGAUUCUUCGGGUUGAGGCUGAGGCUGCCGCGGUUUGGGUCAAAAGAUGAUG